AAGUGGCAGCCUUGGUCAGAUCAGCCUCACGCUAACGCCGGGCCAGCCAUUUCAUGAUGCAGCAAUGCUAGCCUUACGUCUUUCUUCCCCUAGACAAGGGAAUAGAAUAAAUCCAGUCAAAUUCCCCGUUCUAAACUAAUUCAAUAGAGAACUUAAACGAUUUCCUUCUCCAUAAAGCUCCAUAAAACAGCGUGCACUUCAUCGUCACCUCAGCAUUCCACACAAUAUGGUCGCGCGAAGCUAUGAAACGCCAAUCAUUGUCUCUUUAGUCUUUUCUAUAAUAGCUGCAAUUGUUUCUCUGGGGUCUGUCUUUGGUUCAUGUCUAAUAAGACGGCCGACGCAUAAUCCAAAAGCAAUACCGUUUAAAUCUCUCUUCAUCCUCCUUCUAAGUCAAACAAUACAUAUAGCAUUUACUAUUUAUUCGCUAUUAAAUCUGGGAGACGCACCACCAGAAACCGCUGAAGCCAUGAAAAUCAUCCCUCAGAUCUGCAAAUAUCUGCAGAGUAUACUUAUUCUGAAUGUAUUAUACCGGCUUAUACAUGCCUACCAGGCGCAAAAUCGUAACGAUAUUACAAAGACGAUUCUUCCGUCACAAAUGCACGGCAGUACUUUGGUGAGCCUCGUUAUUAUAUCCAUCCCACAUUUCAUUACCUGGUUAUUGUCACAACUUGGAUACGACACAGACUAUCAGCAUUCGACUUAUGGGCUCCAACUUGCGUUCGACGGUAUCGUUACGAUCGCUUCUCUACAUAUUUCGUUCAAGAUAUUCACAAUCAUCCAAAAGCUAAACAAUGCCCGACGUUUUUCUAUGAAUGGAGCUUCCUCUCUAGCUGUUGGGUGGUUCUUCUUUUUCACCCACAGUCUAUCUCUUCUCAUUGGUGAUAGCAAGGGGCAGGGAACAGCUAUGACGGACAACAUGAAUUAUGAAGAAAUAGUCCCGUUUAUCUGCAUAACAGGGCAAUCCAUAGGCAUUGUCCAUUGUUGCAUGCAGGUGCAUAAAUUAGGCAUCUAUGGCCUAUUCAGGCCAUCUUCUGCGAACGAUGAGCGGGCGCACAUACUUACGGGCUCUAACGAGGAAAUGCUCUAGGUAGAAGCUAUCUAGUCGAUCUGGUCUGUUUCCUUACGGUUUUCAUGUAGCAGUAUUCUGAAGAUGUGGGAGUUGGAUUUAUAACAUUGCAGUAAUUAAAGAGAAUACUAUCAUGGACUUGGGGUUGUGAUCUAGAUGUUUACUGCGUUUCUAUACAUUGGUAGUUCGAUUAAGAGAGCCUUCAGGUCAAUAUGACUAUUACAGACUUCACCUCCCCCUUCUCAUAUUAAACGCAUCGUACAAUCCGGGCGGCAAGCCCUUAGUGAUAACACGCCAUACGAGAAGAA